AUGCUUGUUGGAUGCGGACUGAUGGUUAAAGAGGUCAAUAUCGAGAUAGGCAAGUCCGUUGCAAAUGGCACAACGGAAAGUUUCGAAUUGUGGCUCUUCUUUUGCGGAAGACGGUGGCAGGUUAACACCAUAAGGCUCAAUUUCGAAGAGGCUGCCAUCAUCCAUUCUGGAGAAGUGCUUUGCCUAGCGCAGCUUCAUUUUUACAGCAAAAUGGGCUCAAUAUUGGUGACCACUGCCUUAUUCAAAGACAAUCACAUUAGUCACAUAAUCAGUCCAGUGGAUAUUGAAAGUUGCAUGGAGACACCGCUAAUGGCAGCGGUCUAG